AUGCCUUCCGACUUGAGGCUAUCCUCCUUAUGGACGGGACGAAUUAAUUUGCUCCUGAUGAGUUGCACUUCCUUGGCCUUCAUCAGCUUACUCCCAUCCACAAUGGCAGCCACUCGAAUCAGCUACAGCUUGCCAAAAAUCAAGCUCAUCGGAGGGACGUACGACGAGAUGUCGGCUAGCUAUGACGCUUGUCAAAAUCGAUGUGGCGCGGCGACAUGCUGUGUCGGCUUCACUUACGGACACCGGGAGAAGAGGUGCUACCUAAAGUCCGCGAUCGAGACCUCGGAGGAGGACGAAGAUUGGACGAGUGUUUUGAUGGCCAAUUCCAAUCAUGGCCAACGCGCCACCCUGCGUAACGUUUUUAUCGAUGGGCAGCGGAGUUCUUUUGAGUUGCCGAGCGCGGAAGAUUGCCAUCAGUAUUGUACAGCAUUCGGCAUGUAUUCGUGGAUACCAGCAAAGCUAGAAGAAGAAGUCGCCGCCCAAUGCCAAUGCAUCCAACGGAUCCGGUCAAUACGGUACUACUACGGGGCCCAGUCUUCACUUUUCCCCUCUUCCGACUCCAAUUUC